AUGGACAUUGAGCAAUUCAGGAAGGCCGGAUAUCAGGCUAUUGAUCGCAUUUGCGAUUACUACUACUCCCUGCAGGAGAGAUCUGUUGUGUCUAAGGUCGAGCCAGGAUACCUAAGGCAGCACAUUCCUCUUGAACCACCGGAGAAGGGAGAGGACUUCCAAGCCAUCGCGGACGACUACCAGAAGUUCAUACUUCCAGGUUUGACCCACUGGCAACACCCAUCGUUCUUUGCCUAUUUUCCAACGGCAUGCACUUUCGAAGGGAUGCUCGGCGACUUGUAUGCCUCGAGCACUUGCAAUCCAGGGUUCAAUUGGUUGGCCAGCCCGGCAUGCACAGAACUUGAGGCGAUCGUGAUGGACUGGGCAGCGAGCUUCUUGGGUUUGUCUCCUGCCUUUACGAACGCAUCUGGGAUCGGUGGAGGUGUCAUUCAGACGACUGCCUCAGACUCAGUCCUCGCCACCGUGGUUGCGGCCCGUGCACGCUACCAGCGGGAACACCCUGACGUCAAAUUAGAAGACCUCGUCAUAUACACCACAUCUCAAACACACUCUCUAGGAUCCAAAGCUGGACUGGUGUUCGGCGUACAUGUACGCGCCAUCGACGUCGAUUUGGACGACCAGCUUUCUCUUCGCGGAGAAGCACUUCGCAAUGCCUUGGAGGAGGAUGCUAGAAUUGGGCGUCAUCCAUUCAUUUUGAUUGCGACAGUAGGUAGUACGUCUUCCGGGGCGGUAGACAGCAUCCCCGAAAUUCGAGAAGUCGCCAAGGACUACCCAUCUCUUUGGGUCCACAUUGACGCUGCAUGGGCGGGUUCUGCACUGUCCUGCCCAGAGAAUCGCGGUGUUCUCCACUUGGAAGACUUCAACGCUUUCGCCGACUCAGUCUGUACCAACUUCCACAAAUGGGGUCUUGUUAACUUCGACUGCUCGGCUCUAUGGGUUCGGAAUAGGAAGAAUCUCACAGAGGCCUUAGACAUUACCCCGACGUACUUGAGGACGAAACAUGGAGAUGCUGGUACUGUUAUCGAUUAUCGUAACUGGCAUUUAUCUUUAGGACGUCGCUUCCGCUCCUUGAAAUUGUGGUUCGUGCUGCGCGGAUUCGGUGUUGAGGGAUUCAGAACAUACAUCCGUCGGUGCAUCGAACUCAACAACUUGUUCGCACAGCAAGUUAAGACCUCUGAGCAUCUCCAGCUUGUCACGAAACCCUCUCUUGCCCUGACGGUCUUCCGACUCAUUCCAAGGCCAGUAUCUCCAGACCAACCGAAAUUCUCUCUUGGCCCACUGAACGAACUAAAUCGCAUCUUCUUCGGUCGCCUCUCAGCGCGAGACGACAUCAUGCUGACACAAACCAGUCUGAACGGAAUCUUCUGCGUCAGGCUUGCUGUUGGUGCUGCUCGUACGACAGAAGAACAUGUCCAACAAGCUUACGAUAUUGUGAGCAAAGAGGCGAAGGUGGCGCUAGAGAGUUGGGAGCAGACUGCAAACACCGCUGGAGCAAUUAUUGUUGCCUAA